CCUGGUUUAAUCAUGACCUGACAGCUUGAGGCAUGGUCAAUCCGAGCGCGUAAAAAGCUCACCGAUGGACCUGAAAACCAGGCUGCGCAAGGCCUGCGAUGCCUGCAGUAUUCGAAAAGUGAAGUGUGAUACCGGUGGGCCGCCUUGUCGGUCAUGCGCUAGCUUGGAGAUUCCCUGCACCUACGAGAGACCCAGCAGACGCCGUGGGCCUCCUAACCGCCAUGCAGAGGCGCUUAAGAAGCAAAAGCGGGAACCGCUGCUUGACGACGAAGCAUCCCUAAGUCCGGCAGACUAUCCGCCAGUGACGACUCCACAGGCUACCUUCGCCAACCCUCCAUCGGGGCAGUUUCCCCUUUCGGCGGAAUCAAUUUGCUCUUUGCAUACGGUUCAGCUAUUGCUUGAUGACUUUUUUACUUAUAUUCAUCCUUUGGUUCCGGUUCCUCAUGAGCCUACUUUCAGAGCGGCGUUUGAGAGAAGGGAAGAUGUGACCAAUCACACCUUUUUGGCCCUUUUGGCGUCCAUGAUUGGAUUUCUUGUGGCUUCAUUUCCUCGACGACCUAAAUUACGGCUCAACACUGAAGCGGAACGCCAUGCGUUCCCUAACUCUAUAGCUUUGGUCAAGCGCUGUCUCGAUGUUGCUAUUCAAGCCAGAGGCGCCGGGUAUCUCGACCGCAAUGCCACAGUAUACGAUGCGGCAAUCAGUUAUUUCCUUGCCGUUUGUGCUGGCUAUAUUUAUAACAUGCGCAGAUGCCGCGUGUAUCUUUCGGAAUGCCGAGCUAUGCUCUCGGUUUAUGAUUUAUGCCGGUCCCCGCCACUUACCACCCGAUCAUCAACUUUGGGACCCAACAGCCCGUUAUCAUCGGCCUCCAUGAUGCAAGAUCAGCCUGUUCAUAGUUUUAUGGACACACAAGGGGUCGAUCUCAUCACCCAAGAGCUCGGCCGACGUUUGUUCUAUGUCACCCUUGUUGGGUAUCAGACAUUGCACCAAAUGGGCUCUGUUGAUAUCAAAGUUCAUGUCCCCCCAGAGACUCCAACGGACCCAUACCCACCACUACCGAUGGAGAUUGAUGACGAAUUCUUGUUCCCAACGCACUUUGAACCACAGCCACCAAGUCGGAUUUCCCGACUAGUUGGGUUCAACGCAAAUGUUCGUGUCUAUAGCUCAUACACAGAUUUGCUAUGUUGGGAAAUAGCAUUUGGCAGUGGACAAAUCUUCGACUGGGAGCAUCAACGAUCCAGUCUCUGGGGCUGUCUCCAGAAAGCAAAGUCAGCACUACUCAAUGUCCCCGUUGAGCUGUCGCUAGAUCACCCGAAACAUUUAUCCCCAGCCCGCUUGUCUGGUCUCGGCGAAGAUGGCACAGUUUUCAGCUAUGCAGAUGACCACAUCCACCAGGAACGACGUGCCAUUCAGUAUGAAAUUCAAAAAGCCAACAUAUACGCCAGUCAGCUGUGCACAAGAUCUUUUCUAGUCGAAAAGUACUGGAGUCUCUUUGAGACAUUCUCAAAAUAUGGAAAGUCAUCUAAAUUCACUGGGCCGGGAGCCACAACGCCACAAAUCAAGGUCGAAGGCAUGCCAGAUACGACGAAAACUGCCACAGGUAGUGCCACCACUCCAUCAGAAACCAAUACCAACACUCAGGCCCAAACUCAUGCCCAGGACGACUACAUCGGCCGUAUGAUGGCCGAAGAACGCCAAUCAGUCAUAAAAGACCUGUUCGUACUAUUACGAACAGUGAACGAAGUAAACAUGGAGCCAAACGGCGCAAGCAUCACAGGCAAAAUCCGCCAAGUAGCGUCAACCCUCCUCAACCUCUCCCCACGCACAAAACAAAGCCCCCCAACCCUAAUCCCAAGUCUCACACUGCACCAUCCCCUAGAACCAACCGCCUCAUCCCCAACACCCACACCGGGCCUGCCAGGCCUCCACGUCCUCACAGCCGCAGAGGCAGAAUCCUACCUACACGCCUUUAUCGAGACUCUCGUUCGACUAGAAUGUCACUCGUCGAUGGCUGACUCGGCUAGUAAUGCCGAUGGACUUAGUCCGCCGGUCAAUGGUCGUUCUAUGAGCUAUCUUUCGGAUUAUCAGCGUGAUCAAGAGGAACUUGGGCAGUGGGCUAGUCUCAAGGAAUAUCAACAGAAAUUUGCUGAGGCUGGGGGUGUCUUGUAUCAGUUGUAA